AUGGCCGACGCACAAUCGUUCUGGGACACCACAGCGGACUACAACAGGAAGAGGGGCAGAGAUGAAGACCAAGACAUGAUGGGCAAUGCGCCUUGCAGCUUCAGCGAGCACCGCAAUAGCCUCCCGAUGCGUAUGUCGCCAAAAACCGGCUCGCAGUUCCUGCCGGCCAGUUCUGUGACGCCACUCAACGCCUCGCCAGCUCACCUUCGACACUCUCAUAUCGAAGCUACCUCGUACUUGCAAGCACCCGGGCCAUCUACGACUGAUGCAGACAUGGAAAUGGCGACUGACAGCCCCUGUUCGCACCAUGGCUCGAAUCACCUGGUCCCAGAGGCCGACCAUUCCACGGCCACCCAGCGCAUGCCUACCCCGGUGCAGCCCAAUUUUGCUGCGCAAAUCCGUGGCCAACAGCAUCACUGGAACACCAAUAACAUGCAAGAGGAUAUGCACAAUGUUCCGAGGACAUUGGACACUCAGGCCGACUGGCAAUCUUUGCAGAACAACAGGCGGUUGCCUUCGCCCAUCUCGGAAUAUGAAGACUCCAUGAACAUCUCGUUGCAGCCCCCUUCGCCUCAUGGCAUGGAGCACCCCAAUGCUACAAUGGGACUCGAAGGUCGUGCCUCCUCGCACCCUCCCGAGGGCGACUCCCCGUCUCCAGAGCGUCGAGGCCACAUGCGAAGCAAGCACACCAUCAACACCUGGACCUGGCAGCCUGGCAUGAAAAAAAGCUUUAGUGUCGGGUACCGCCAAGAUUGCGAGAAGUGCCGUCUCAAGGUCCCAGGGCACUUCAAUCACAUCAUCAUCUCAUAG